AUGGCUGAGAACGAUAACGAAGUUGUAUAUCUGAGAGUUUAUCUACACUACAAUGGUGUAUUUGUUCGACAUCUUUCUGAAGUUAUCGAGGAAGAGUUUCAAAAUGUUUACUUCUGCUUACCUAACAUCCCUUUAUAUAGAGGGAUUCGUCCCAUUGUAGAUGAUUUGGAUUUUGCCCAGUUUAUAGAUAGCGGGUAUGAAUACGAGGAAAUUUCAGUUUAUGUUGAUCAUAAUGUGAAUGGAUCGGAUGAAUGGUGGGAUGAUGACAUGAAUCUGGUUGUUAGCGAAGAUAAUGAAAGUGGACUUGAAGAUGAUGGUGUACCUAGAAAAGAAGAAAACACUGCCCCUAAUGAUGAAACCCAUCCCAAUGUAGGUAUUGAAGAUGAAGUAAUUAACAUUGACAAAAUACCUUUAAACAAGACAACUGGGGAUGAGUUUCUUAGUAUGUUAUGUCCUCCAGAAGGUGAUACUGGUGACAAUGAAGUUGAAGAAGAAGAUGUUGAGAUCCAUUCCAUUUUCAACCCUGAUAUAGAUGCUAACAACCACAUAUUUCCAGUUGCAUGGGCAAUAAUGUGUGUUGAGAAUAAGGAAAAUUGGAUGUGGGUUAUGGAGUUGCUCAUAGAUGAUCUUGAACUAGGUAUGGGCAUCGGGUUUACCUUAAUGUCUGACCAACACAAGGGUCUUAUGGAGGCAGUUAAGGAUGUGCUUCCUUGUGUUGAGCAUCGACAAUGUGCAAGGCAUAUUGUUGUAAAUUUUAAGAAGAGAUUAAGUUUGGAAGCGCAUAAGUACUUGAUGAAGGAGGAACCAAAGACCUGGUCAAUAGCAUUUUAUAAGGUAGGGAGGGCAUGUGUUGUAGUGAAGAAUGGUAUUUCUGAGAGCUUCAAUGCAGUAAUUGUUGAGGCCAGAAGGAAACUAAUAAUCAUUAUGUUGGAGGAGUUGAGGUUAUAUAUCAUGGAGAGGAUGUUUAACUUGAAACACAAGAAAUGGACAAAGGAUGUAAGUCCUGCAAUAAGGCAGUUACUAAAUGGUUUAAAGAUUAAAUCUAUGUACUGGCAAGUGCUCCCAAGUGGACUAAACAAGUUAGAGACAAGAAAUGAAGGUCAAGCUUAUGAAGUGGAUCUUGAAAACAAGACUUGUUCUUGUAGGUUAUGGCAACUAAAUGGAUAUAGAUCAAACUACAAUAAAGCAUACUUGAAUAAUAUAUUGCCUAUGAAUGGUAGUAACAUGUGGCAAGAGAUAUCAUUUAUCCCACACUUACCUCCCCAAAGAAGAAGGAUGUCUGGAAGACCUGCAACAAAAAGGAAGAGAGAUGUGACAGAUAAAAUGGGGAAGCAUAAGGUACCAAAGAAAGGUAAACACAUUGUGUGCAAUGCUUGUCAUAUGCUUGGCCACAACAAGGUGACUUGCCCCACAACAAAUAAGUCAGUUAAGCUCAAUGUGAAAAGACCAAAGAUAACCAAGACUACACAGCUUGUCAACACCGUCGUCUUGUCGCAAAAAUAUAAUCUACAAACCCUAACUCUCCACUGGUUCUGCUCUGAAGAUCGCGAUACGGCGGAGCUCCGUUUUCUUAAGAUGGCAAAAGAAGAUGCAAUUGGUGGAGAAGGAACCUCCAAUGGGAUAGUUACCGAUGUACCUGUCACAGUCCAAGAAGUGAGCGAACACGUUGAUGAAUUGACGUUAGCGGAUUCUUCAGAAACUGGUGUACAAGAAGCUGCAAAAAAGAAGAAGAAGAAGAACAAAAGCAAGAAGAAGAAAGAAACAAAGGAGCAAACCGAUCCUCCUACUAUUCCAAUUGCAGAACUUUUCCCUCAGGGAAACUUUCCAGAGGGUGAAAUACAGCAAUAUAAAGAUGACAACUUAUGGAGGACUACAUCUGAGGAGAAGAGGGAUUUGGAGAGAUUAGAAAAGCCCAUGUAUGACUCAAUUCGACAAGCAGCAGAAGUUCAUCGACAGGUUAGGAAAUAUGUUAGGAGCAUUAUAAAACCUGGAAUGUUAAUGGUUGAUCUCUGUGAAACCUUGGAGAAUACUGUUCGUAAGUUAAUACAAGAAAAUGGUCUACAAGCUGGUAUUGCUUUUCCUACAGGGUGCUCAUUGAACUGGGUUGCAGCCCACUGGACCCCAAACUCUGGAGAUAAAACUGUUCUUCAGUAUGAUGAUGUCAUGAAAUUGGAUUUUGGAACUCAUAUUAAUGGACACAUAGUCGACUGUGCAUUCACAGUUGCAUUCAAUCCAAUGUUCGAUCCUUUACUUGAAGCCUCUCGUGAAGCCACAUAUACUGGUAUCAAGGAAGCAGGGAUCGAUGUCCGUCUAUGUGAUAUAGGUGCCGCAAUCCAAGAGGUGAUGGAAUCUUACGAGGUAGAGAUUAAUGGAAAAGUCUUCCAAGUGAAAAGCAUCCGGAAUUUGAAUGGUCACAGCAUUGGGCCUUACCAAAUUCACGCGGGAAAAUCCGUUCCAAUUGUGAAAGGCGGAGAGCAGACAAAAAUGGAAGAAGGGGAAUUUUAUGCGAUUGAAACUUUUGGAUCCACUGGUAAGGGUUACGUGAGAGAAGAUUUGGAGUGCAGCCAUUACAUGAAAAACUUUGAUGUUGGACAUGUUCCAUUACGUUUGCCAAGAGCAAAACAGCUUCUCGCAACAAUUGAUAAGAACUUCUCAACAUUAGCUUUUUGUAGGAGAUAUUUAGAUCGAUUAGGAGAGACUAAAUAUCUAAUGGCUCUCAAGAACUUGUGUGAUGCUGGUGUUAUUCAGCCUUACCCACCAUUGUGUGACAAUAAGGGUAGUUACGUGUCACAGUUUGAGCACACAAUUUUACUACGUCCCACGUGUAAGGAGGUCAUCUCGAAAGGCACUGAUUACUAACCUUUUUUCAAUGGGAAUGUAACAUAUACAUAAUAUCGGUUUGAAUGUUUUUUGUUAUUUCUUGAGAAAUAUAAACUUUGUCUUGUUGAUUGUGUCUUUGGAUGAUGUGGAAACAUAAUUGAUUCUUAAAUUAAAACGUUGCCUAUAUACGAGAUACGAAGUUAAUGACUUAAACGAUGUAAU